UGACAAAUAUUCAGUAUUAGUUGAACACAAUUAGUUGGAUAUCAUUUUUUUUCUAUUUCGGUCAUGUUUUAUUUUAAGUAAAAAUUGACUUCAUAACAGUUAUGUUUCUUUUACAAUUAUAAGCUAUUUUCUUUCACAGGUUAACCAUAUCUGCAAAUACAUUAUAAAAUAUGCUAUUUUUAUAACACAAUGAUUUUAUUUAGAUAUUUUCAAAAGUAUGUUGUAAUUUACCUUUAGUAAAAUAAAAAGAAAAGUUUUAAGAGAAAAUGAUGUUACUCCUAUUUUUUCCUAAUUAACAAGAAUAUAAACCAUGAAAAAGAAAAGAAUCAUUUGAUUUUCAAAUGCAUAAUAUAGUAUAGGUAUAAUUUUUUGUCAAAAUGUUAUACUGAAAUGAAAGAACCAUUUUUUAUUGUAUGAAAAUAUAAGGGAUAAACAAUUCAUUUACAUAUGGCAUUAUACUACAUAUUACAUGAUCACGUUGUAAAGAAUUAUAAAGAAAUUCUACGAAUUUGGACCUAGAGAAAAAUGGAAUUGAGCAUUGAAGAUUCCAAAGCUAAGCUUCUCAACAUCUCCUCCUUGGCAACAUAUUUUUUCUUUAAGGUCGAAAGAAAAAGAUACAUAUUUUCUUAUAAAAUAAACAAUACAAUUUGAUGAACCCACGAAAAAAAUGAAAAUUAUUACCACUAGCGAUUGAACUUUCUUAAGUUUCUUCUCUUUCAACACCAUUUUUCUUAGAGAUAUUUCGUCAUGAUACAUGAUUAACACUUAUCUUAUUUUAACCCACAAAUAAAGAUCUUAACAAAAAAAAAAACGAACGUUUUUACAAUGCACAAGGAAUACACUUGCUCCUCCCUUCUGAGCUGGCGAAAGAACAUGAUGGAUGUAAUGCAGUGGCUUGGCUAGAAAAUCAUACCUCACAAUCCAGUAUUGAGAUUCAAACAAGAACAUGCUAAUUGUAGUUGUAUCUAACAAUUGAUCAUAUAUAUUGAUAACUUAUGCAAUGAUAGACUUACCACUAAAAAUAUGAGGAUCAAUUGGAACAUAAACACUGCAUAACAAGAGACGACAUUUUUCUAUUGUUUUGAACUCCAAAAAGAUUUCAACUCUUUCAGCAUAGCUUACUCUUUCAAAUGUAGUACAACUAAAAAAACUCUCAAGACUUAAUGCUUCAAUUAACAUCCCCAAGACUCAAUGAGUUACUAAUUAAGUAUCUUCUUCUUUAUCAUCCUCUUUAAUUACAAAAGGAUUUCAAAUUUAUAGGAUUUCAGCCUCUCGAGUAAGCUUCUCAAAUUCUUGUUCUUUGGAAGACGGUUUUCAUGUGGGGUCAAAAGAAAAAUGUUAGUUUUCUUAUAAACAAUUGAUACAGUGUGCAUUUAUCCAAAAUAAAUUCAGCUUUGCCCUUCCAAUGAAUCUUAAUGCCAUGUCCUAAGAAAGAAAUAUCAAGUUUAUUAUAGGUAGAUCCAGAAGAAAAAAAAAAACAGAACUCGAAAAGUAGAAUGAUAAAAAUGAAAUACAUACACUGUCUAACGCAAUGCCAUGGGCUCGAACUAUCCCUUUAGAUUCUAGAGAAGGAUAUUUAGCCUUUGAGAAACCCUUUUUGUUGCAUGGGCCUUUUAUGAUCUUAGAGUUGGACCGGCUGUAAGUGGAAUUCAUAUCCUUUUCCAGCUGCGAGGUUUCAUAAUAAUUAGUUGUCAAUACGACUUAUAUACAGUGAAAGAACAAAUUAGAAAUAUAACUUGUAUGACCCAUUUGAAUAGAGCUCGAUCUGUAGGAGUUCCAGUAACUUCUUGGUUAUCUUUCAAUCACAAAAAAAAAUAAUACAAAUAUUACAGUCAAUAGGAUUAUAAUAAUAAUACAAAGAAUAUAUUAUUUUAAAUUUACCUCAUGUUCACACACCCAGGACAAGAUGAGUUGUGAUAAGUGGCAUCAAGUUAUAAGAAAAUAUGAGCAUACCUUUGGCCACUGUGGUCCUCUGGGGACUCGCAUUUGCCUUGUAUUCGUCAUCAUGAAACUCUCGUUGAGUCCAUUGUGCAUGUUCACGAGUGAACUAUUACGUUUCACAUAAGCAAUGAUGGGGUCAUGACAAAUUUGGUGUACAAAUUUAGUUCAUGACAAGAUUUAAAUCCAAGCUAAUACGUUUACGGUUUUCCAAAUUUCAUUUCUAUCAUUAUAUUAUCUCCACUUGAUUAAAAAUAUUGUUUACAUUUGUCAACUUAGAAUCUUGACAAAACCUUACAUUUCAAGAUAACUUGUUUAAUAUUAGCAAUAAUGGGUUAGUCACAAACUUGUGAAUAUCUAAGAGUUCAAAAACCCAAAACCAUCAUCUUUACAAUAAAGGAACACAAAUGACAAAUAAUUUCCAACAAAUUUUUUUAGUGAAAUAUUAUUAUGAUAGAUUAGACAUUUAUCAGACAUUUUUAUGAGUGUAUUGGGAAUUUGGUUGUUCAUUUUCAUAUAUAUCAUUUAUUUUCUUUCACUUGUGAUAACAUUCUAAACGAUCCAAGGCUCGUUAAAGGUUGAAUUUCCUGGUUCAAAUUCGUGUGCUUAAUACAUUCCACAUUCAUGAUGAUACUUUGGAUUAUUGGUUCAUAAUACAUUCAAGGUGAAAUCUUUUUAUUCAAAUUCGUGUAUUUAAUUUAUGUCCUCCUCAUAUUCUUUUUAGAUUUUCCACGUCUAAGAAAUCAGAAACUUUUUUUAAUCAACUCAAAUCAAAAAGAAAUAUAUGAUUUAAUCAACGAUGUAACAAAUCACAUAGUAGCAUGAAUGUUACAUAAAGGGAAUUGCAAAAAUGGGAUAGAAAUAGAUGCAAACACACAUUGAAAAUAAAUGGUGAAAAAUAAAGCAGCUAGUAAAAUAAAUUUCUUUUUUUCUUCUUCUAUUUACCAAUGUUUGUGUGAGAAGUGAUCAUGCAGUGACACUGCAAAUUGUGCUAUCAACUACAGCGGUUCCAUCAGCCACAGACACUUGUGGAGGUUUCAUACAUGUGGAUUCGGUGCCACUUUUUCUUCUUUAGUCACUUGGAACAUAUUGCAUCAGCACUCUCCAACAGUUGAGUGGCAUGAAGUAGUCUGGUUCAGGGAAGAAAUUCCCCGCUGCUCCUUUAUCACCUGGUUGUCUAUGUUAAGGAGACUUCCCACUAAAGAUCGAGAUUAAUCUCUUGGGGGACCAGUUGUUCCUGAUAUGUGUGUGUUGUGUUCUUCUCAAGUUGAAUCUCACCAGCAUCUCUUCUUUGAGUGUUCUUAUGCUGGCGCUAUCUGGUUUAUUGAUCCUUUUAACUAAUGUUAUUUUUCAGUCUUUUUACUUCCUAUUGUAAUAAGUUGUUCUUGCAACAUGUAAAAUUCAGAAAAUGGUUAUAAAUUUUAACAUUUUGACCCAAAGAAAAAACCAAAUCUAGAAAACUAAAUGAGAUGAAAAAGAAGACAACAAUAGACGUACCUCAGCAACUGCAGCAUUGUUUUCAUUAAGAGCAAAAUGAGUUGAAUCAAUUUUGAAUCUCACCUUAGAGAAAAGUAUGAGCUUCUCCAUCAAAGCAAACAAGCAAUUGAACCGAACAAACCGAAACGAAAUCAUCCGGUUAUUUAUCUGAAUCAAGUCGGCUCGGGUUUACUAAAAGCCCAAAAAGAGAUCCGCUUUUCUCUUAGAGCAAACUCACAUGUUUUGCCGAACCGAACUGAACCGAAAUUAUCCGGUUAUUUAGCUGAAUCAAGUCGGCUCUUGUUUACUAAAAGCCCAAAAAGAGAUCCGCUUUUCUCUUAGAGCAAACUCACAUGUUUUGCCGAACUGAACCGAAAUUAAACGGUUAUCUGGCUUAAACCAAAACGGUUCACUAGAAUCCAAUUGGGUCGGAUUUACAAAAAAAAUAUCCGCUUUUCGGUUAGAGCAGAGCGAAUAGAAACUAGGUAUUGUCCUUGGCUGAACCUGUUCGCAUGAAAAAUAUUCUGCCAAAAGAACCUGCAUAUUAGGAUUUAUAGGAAGGUAUUUUUGGACAUUGUUUUCUUUUGCAUAAGCUAUUUUCGCUCAAAAAGUCAAAAGUUCUCACCAGAAGGUCCAGUUCCAAGUAUCCUUCUUUGACGGAACCAGACCACUGUGUGUUUCAAAAAAAAAAAAAAAAAAACCAGACCACUGUUGAACAGUUUGUAUCAUUAGGGCAAACUCAUUCCAAGAAAUCGAGGUGUAAUUUAUCAAACAGUUAUUGUAUAUAUAUUAUCCAUUGCAAACCAAAUUAAAAUUACUUCAAAGAGUCCUGCAUCAUCUCUCGAACAAAAAGGUAAAUAAAUAAAUAAAAAACGAUUUCUAUCAUUUGUGCAACAAUUUCUCUUUGUUGGAAGGCUUAACACUAUCAUCGGCGGCCACGCCGGGAGGGACGCCUAUUAAAAAGAAGUACAAGAGUCGUCCGGAAUGCUUUCCUCGAACGUUUUCACUUUGGAAUCUGCAACAUGUGUUUUGAAUAAAUGAGUAUCUAGGAGACAUAAUGUCUUGGACUGUGAAAACCAAUUAAAAACAAUUUUCAUCGAUUAAAACUUGCCUUUGCCAAUGAUUCCUCGUCACUGUCACUGUCCUCGUCCUCGUCCUCGUCGUGGGGACUAGACUUGAUAGUAAGAAUCUUCUGUUGAGAAACUCUCAAAUAGUUAGACAAUGAAAAAUGCAAACUGAUAGAAUCAAUCAAUCAAGCAAGAGAGAUGAUGAGGGACGAACUUACUCGUCGUUUAUGUUCUUCAGAGGAGAGAUGUCUGGUGAAAUCUGUAACGCUUAGGUAAGUAAAGUAGCAUGCAUCGCAAAGAAACGACCAGGCAGAGUCACCCGAAGCAGUGCACUUGCGAAGAUCAUAACUUGUUAUCGCCUGAGACCUAGCCAGUAGGGUUUGCCAGAGCCACUCUGCAGUAUGGUACAGACAUGACAUACUCGGAGGAGUAUAUGAACGUGCCAGAACAAACGCUUUUGUUGACACCGAGAAAUGAAGGGACACGUGUCUUCCAGUUCAUCAGAUAUGAGCAUUAAUGUAGCUGGUGGUGGGUUACGCACUUUGAAAAGCGACACAUGCAUAUAAAUACAUGUGCCUACCCUCCCUGUAUGAAUAAAGGCAAGGGACAGUUGAAGAAACCAAACUCUUUAUAAAAUAAAUAAAUUCAGGAGGAUUAAUAACAAACUGGUGUGUUCAACAACGACUCCAGUGGAAGAGAGCCUUUGCAGCAAGUCAGGAUGUGCUUUCUUCAGGUAGCCCAUGGCAGUGACCAUAGUAUCCCAACUCCUUCAACGCCCCUUCUACAAUCUAUUCCGCCGAGGCCAUUAGUGUCGCGAUCUGAUCUUUUGGAACCUCCAUUAUAGAGAGAGACAAGCUUGCUUGCUUGCUUGUGGCCCAGGGGCGAAUGUAGAAAGUUUUUUUAGUGGGUGCAUAAUUAAUGUAAAAUGAAAUAUAUGAUAUAGAAGAUCGAACUUGAGUCAUCAAGGGGGUGCACAAGAGGAUAUUAACCAUCUUUUCCAGCUGAAUCUUUGUGUUUUCACAUACAAAUUUUUUUAUUGUCAUAAAACUAUGGGUGCACGUGCCCCCAUUGUUAUUGCUCUGGCUUCGCCACUGCUUGUGGGUGAGACUUGAGAGCGAGCUUUCGAUGAAGAAAGGGAUCCUUCAUUUUUGUAACAAGAAGCAAUCUUGUCGUCAAACCGAACCGGAAUUAACCGGUUCUCUACCUGAAUCCGAAUCGGGUCGGAUUUACAAAAAGUCCUCAUAUUAUUGUCAACAAAACGAACCGGAAUAAACCGGUUAUCCACCUGAAUCCGAACCGGGUCGGAAUUUACAAAAAGGCCCAAACUCUCUUUUCAUUUUGUAACACCAAGCAAUCUUGUUAUCAAAACGAACCGGAAUAAACCGGUUAUCCACCUGAAUCCGAACCGGGUCGGAAUUUACAAAAAGGCCCAAACUCUCUUUUCAUUUUGUAACAACAAGCAAUCUUGUUAUCAAACCGAACCGGAAUAAACCGGUUAUCUAACUGAAUCCAAAUCGGUUCACUAGAAUCCAAUCCCUUUAGAGCCCGUCUUCGCCGAACAAACCCAAUCACCGGAGCAAAAAGAGAAACUCACCGGUCAUGCCGACGACCUCAUCUUCGCGUUCCAUCGGGAAAAGGAACUCUCCUCCUAGAAUCGGCGAGAAGUUCCCGGAAAGAGCAAUCCUCGCCGCCGUAAAAGAGCAAUCAUGUCCGAUAUGCCUUGAAAACCUAACCCACCGACGCGCCGCCGUGAUCCCGUCGUGCAGGCACGGGUACUGCCUCGGUUGCAUCCGCAAGUGGAGCGGCCUCAAGAGAAGCUGCCCUCUCUGCAACGCCCGUUUCGACUCCUGGCUCGUCGUCAACGAUCUCGCUUCUAGAAGAUUCCGCGAGGAGCGCUUACCGCCUCUCCGUGAUCGCGAGACAGUGACUUAUCAUCGUCGGAGGUCAAUGGAUGUGUUGGAGAGCUCUAGCUCGAGAAGGUCAAGGCCAUUGCCGUGGAGGAGAUCUUUUGGACGCCCUGGUUCGGUUCCUGAUCAUGUUAUCUUGGAGAGGAAGCUUCGCUGGCGAGCUAGCAUAUACGAUAGACAACUACGAGCUGUUCGCUUGCAUUCUAGGCCAAGCUUGCUACUGGUGAAUGAUGAUCACACUAAGGCGAGGAUAAUUGAAAGAAUCGAACCGUGGAUGAGAAGAGAGGUUCAGGCAGUCCUUGGAGAUCCUGAUCCUUCAAUCAUUGUUCAUUUUGCAUCGGCCCUUUUCAUCAAAAGGCUUGAGAGAGAGAACAAUGGACAAUCAGGGCAGGUGGGAGGGAUAGUAAUGGAAGACCAAGUCUCCUCCUCUCUUGGAGUAUUCUUGGGUGAUAAGGAGGAUAUCUUUUGGCAUGAACUGAGAUGUUUUGCUGAGAGUAGCCUCACGAUGGAAACAUAUGAUGCAGUAGUUGAAUACAUUGAGGUGGAGUAAUAAUGGCAAUAAACAAAAAGGUAAAGAUAAACCAAGGAUUACGCUCUGUGCCAUAUGAAGUAUAUAUAUAGAGCAAGACUAAUGAUGAGACUGUUGGUGUCUUGGAAGUUGAAUUCCUGCAAGUAAGGUCGCCAAGAGAUAUAGAGUAGGUAGGAAGGAAGAUGUUGAGAUGAUGCAAGUUUAGGUGUGUGUGUUCUCUUCUUUAGCUGUUGGGUGGAUUCUCAAAUAGAUGACUGACACUUCAGUUUCUACUACGCCAACUUCUCACCCUCCCAAGAGUUCUUAAAAAGAGUCCCAACGAUUUUCCUCACCUCAUCAAUGUUUCUUAGGAUUCAAGGACCACCUGUUUCAACUACAUUAAUUAAAAGGUAACUCUUUUUUUGAGUAGUAUUGACUAUCAACAAUUUUGUGUACUAAUGGUGUCAUUGUAUCAGUUUUUCUACUUGUUAUCGAAACUAUAACGCAUGUAUGUUAUGACCCUGUCCCGUGUGGGGAAAGCUUAUUUGAAAUAGAAUAAAAACGGAGAUUUCAUUAA